AUGUUAACCGACUGUAUAUCAGCUAGUUCGUCAUUAGGUAUGAUGACAAGUGAACGAUCAGUGAAUAUUACAUUGUCAACUAAUGCACAUGUUUACUUAGCAUAUAUGGGAAGUGCUUGGGUAGGACUGAAUUAUCCACCCCAAAGUGGUCUUCAAUGGUCAAGGACAACUUUCAUUGAUCUUCGACUUCGAGAUGAUGGUUUCAUUAAUACUCCACCAGUAGCAAGCGUUGUUUCUCCACAAUAUGCUAUUGUGAAUACAUCUACUCAGAUUCGAAUCCCCGUUUCCGAUCCCAAUGCAGCAGAUGAUGUACCUUGUCGAUGGUCAAUAUACACGCUAGGAGUAGAAGAUUUUAUCAAUGAAUCAAGUAAUACUCCAAUGAGAUCCGUACCAGUUCAAUUUUUAAUUUAUGUUAUGCCACAGCCAUUCUGUCAGAAAUCACCCGUUAUUAUGUCAUUUGUGGAUAGUACGGAAGUUCUUAUUGGUAUUCCGAAGAGCUUUAGUAUCUAUGCGAUGACCAUAUGUGAUCCAAAUGAUGUUGAUAUUGCAGAAUUCGUCAUCACAAGUGGAAUAUAUGCUAUGGGAGUUGGAAAUCUGAUGAAAUCAGCGUCAAAUUCAUCAUUAUCCUAUGUACAUUUCACCUGGACACCGCAAACUAAUCAAAUUGGAUUACAAGAAUUGUGCAUGAUUGGCUUUACUGAGUAA